AUAAAUUAAUCAAAAUAUUUUCCAUUUAUUACAUGCAAAAAGAAAAAAGUAUGGCUCGAAUCCUAUAUUUCUUUUUUGCUUUCCUCAUCUUUGUCUCCCUAUUUAUGGUCGCAACCAACGAAAGCAUCCCUGAGGUUCUUCCAUGCCUUUUUAGCAAUGAAUGUCCACCAGAUCUGUGUCCAAUUGAUCUAUUUCCGAAGUGCAUUAAUUUAUCUUGUCAAUGCAGUGCUGAGUUCUACAAUAUAGAUUAAGUUGUCAAUUUCAUUGAAAAGAUCAUAUGUAUUGUUAUAUUAUGGAAGUAUGUUGCUAUCAUGAACUCAUAGAAGAAAUGGAAAACAAUAAUAUCAUGGUGUAGUCAUAAUUACCUAAUAUAAUAAAGGGUUAAUAGUGUUUUUGGCCCCUGUAA